UUUUUGCAUAAAGAUGCUUUUUCAUCUCAGGUUUCAGUAAUUGUCAGGUGUAAACUCAGUUAGUUGAUUUGAUAAAGCAAUUCCAUAUAGAAUAUUAGGAUGCGCUUUACAAUUUUGGUGGGUCUACUCAUACUUGGGGUGGUUGGAGCAGCACCAAGAAAAGGAGGAAGUGAACACGAAGAUGCGGAGGGAGGGAUAAAAUCCCAUGCUGAGAAACUACAAGAUCUCGAAAAAGACCCUAAAGAGAAUUCCGCAGAAUCUGAUGAUGAUAAGAAUUCCAAAGAGGAUUCAAAAGAAGGAGAAGCAAAGGAACAAUCCAAAGAGGAAUCAAAAGAAGAAUCAAAAGAAGAAUCAAAGGAAGAUCAGGAAAAUAAAGAAAAUUCUGCCGAAGAAAAAGAAGAAAAUCAAAAAGAGCCAUUAAAAGUUGGAGCUGCUAGGGUUGCCCAAGAUGCUCCUGCAGCUAAUGUAGCCACUACUGCAGCUCCUGCUGAUGCUGCUGCUCCUGCUGAUGCAGCUGCUCCUGCUGAUGCAGCUGCCCCAGCUGAUGGUGCUGCUCCUGCUGAUGGUGCUGCUCCUGCUCCUGCUGAUGGUGCUGCCCCUGCUGAUAGUGCUUCUCCUGCUGAUGGCGCUGCCCCAGCCGAUGGUGCUGCUCCUGCUGAUGGAGCUGUUCCUGCUAAGGGUGCUGCUCCUGCUGAUAGUGUUGCUCCUGCUGAUGGUGCUGCACCAGCUGAGGAUGGUGCUACCACUGCUCCUACUGAUGGUGCUGAUGCUAAUCGUGGUCUUGACGCUGGAGCAGAUGCUGGAGCCCCAAUAAAACUUGACAUUAAGUCCACCCAAGAAGGAACAGCUAUUGUGGGUGAGGUUAUUGGAAAACUCAAGUCCUUAAAUGGUUGGCUGGAAGGUGUUGUUGGAUACUGGAAUGGAAUGGUGGAGAAAUCUGGGGCAGUGUCACAAGAUGAUAUCACUAAAGCAAAGGCAGGAGCUGGUAAAGCUGAUGCAGCUGGAGGGGAAACAGCAGAUGCUUCUGAUGAUUCUGCUGAUGCUAAUCGUUCUGAUCCAGGAGAUGGUGCUGACCCUGCUGCUCCAGCAGAUGCUGAUCCAGCAGAUGCUGAUCCAGAUGCUGCUGAUGCUGCUGCAGGGGAUGCAGAUGCAACUACUGCUUCAGCAGAUGCUGCAGGAGCUAAUAAUUCAACAGCCCCAGCAGAUCCUGCUGCUCCUGCUGACCCUGCUGCUCCUGCAGACCCAGCUGCUCCUGCUGACCCCGCUGCUCCUGCAGACCCAGCUGCUCCUGCAGAUCCUGCAGCUGCAGACCCUGCAGCCACCACACCAGCCGCUGCAGCUGCUCCCGAAGCUGCUAGAGUUAUGGGAGAGGAUGCAGAAGAAAUAGGAUCAGAGGGAGAAGUGGAGCCUCAUAAUCAUGAAUUAGCACUUGAAUCUGACAGAGUAAUGGGUGAACCUGAGGGAGAAGCAGAACCACAUAAUCAUGAAUGGGAACCAGAAUCUGAUAGAGUAAUGGAAGAACCAGAAUCAGAAUGGGAGGCGCAUCAUGAUUGGGCAGAGAAGAAAUAAAGGAGAAUAAAAUCUUAAAGAAUCUUAAAACUCAAUCUAGGAUUUAAAAUCAGAAACAAAUCACUAUGAAUGUAAAUAAAAGUAUGUUAAAAAUAUAUAGUUUUUAUUACUCGUGA